AUUAAAGCUAACAUGAUUAAAACUUGAUGUAAAUAAAAUCGAUUUGUUAUCAUUUAAUUUUUUGUUUUAUUUCAUGCAUUCAUAUUCUUGUUCUGUACUUUAAAGGUGCUGAUGUCGCGGCUAAGGAAAAUGUUUUUGCAGCACUUAGUUUUGGUCUUGUGUCUUUCUUGUACCACAGGGCAUAUUUGUAAAAAUAUUUUAUGCUACUUCACCACCGAUUCCACAACGAAGGACGAAUUUCACAGAUUUCAUCCCAUGAACAUCAACCCAUUUUUGUGUACGCAUAUUGUGUACUACUACGCGCUUAUCUCCCGCAAUGAGCUUCACUUGUCUGAACAGACCAUUCAAUCCAACGACACCGAAAUUCCUUAUUACACAUAUGUGAAUAAUCAGAAAGAGUCUAAGUCUGAUCUGAAGACUUUAGUGUCUGUCAUCAUAAGGCUAUCGACAUUUUUCGUCUACGGCAAAGACUCCAAGGCUCGACAGACAUUUAUCCAAAACUUGAGAUCCUUUUUGCGCAAACACGAUUUUGAUGGGGUCGAAAUUAACUGGAGUACAGAGAAUGUCAAACUUUUACCUGUCUUUAAAACAAUUUUCACCACUUUGAUCCAGGAGAUUGCAAUGAACUUCCGAGAAGAGAGAAGAGACGACGGUAAAAAGAGGUUGAUUCUGGCCGUGAGUGUCUCACCCCUGAAGGAUGUCAUUGACAAGGUGUACGACGUUCAUAAUAUUUCCAGCUACGUAGAUAUGUUGAAUAUAGAAACAACUCGUUUUCGCACUGGCUCGGAACUAACCGUUGGUCAUUACAGUCCAUUGUAUGGAGAUUACCGCUUGGAAGUAGACACGAACUGCGUGGAUUUCUCAGUGAAGUAUUGGUUGAAAAAUGGAGCUCCAUCCAAAAAACUAAACAUUGGUUUAGGUUUGUUCGGACUGACCUACCAGACAGAAAAAUACUAUAGGCACUACAUUGGCAAUGCGGCAUUAGGGCCCGGUAGAAUAGCAGACCAAGAGCUGGACAUUUGUACUUACACUGACGUAAACCAGUUUUUAAGUUGGGGUGCCAAAAUCCAUCGAAGCAAAGACCAAGAAGUGCCCCACUUUGUCUUAAAUGAUCUGUGGGUUGGGUACGAGGACCAAAUUAGUUUGAAUGAAAAAGUCAACUAUGUUCUCCAGAACCAGCUAGCCGGUGUUACAGUCUGGUCAUUUGACAUGGAUGACUUUCGAGGGGACUUCUCUCUCGACGGGCCGUACCCUCUCAUGACGACCAUCAAAAAAGCCUGUGAAGAUUUCGCAUUUUAAGCCUGGCUCAGAACUUAAUCUACGCUCACACCCUCCGUAUUAAGCCAAUGGCGUAACACAUAAGCUUGCCCUUUUAUUAUUUUAAUUAUUUUUUAUUUAAUUUAAAAUUAAAGUCAAUUGUAUUUCACAAAUGAA